CUACUCAGUGAAGACGCGCUCAAUGACUUCUUCCUACCGGCACAAGAUUGCGUUAAGCCCGUGGAAGUCCACAAGACACAGCAAGACUCGAGCAUCAAAGUAGAUGAGGCAGGGAAACACUGGGAAGUUGGGAAAGAUGGAACUGAACAUGCGCUUGAAACGGCCAGUAUCACACUCAAUGAUUGUCUUGCCUGUUCUGGGUGUGUCACCACGGCUGAGUCUGUCUUGAUUGGACUACAGUCCUGGAGCGAGGUCGCGCGUGUUCUUGCAGAAGUCACGGUGGAUGCUGUGUCGCCGUCUGGAAGGACACGUAUCGUGGUAGCGAGUAUUUCACCGCAAUCUAUCGCCUCCAUUGCCGCGUCCUUCAACCUCCCACGCACCACCACCUUCCGUAAGCUCAAAACACUCCUCAAAUCACUUGGCUUCACACACGUCGUCUCCACCAAUCCAGGCCGUGAAGUCAGCCUCCAUCACGCUUCACAAGAGUUCUUACGACGCCGAAAGGAAGGUAUCACUGGACCGCUUCUUGCAGGUGCAUGUCCCGGCUGGAUCUGUUAUGCAGAAAAGCAAAAAUCAAGUAUCCUCCCUGCCAUCAGCCGUGUUCGAUCACCGCAGCAAUUGACGGGUCGAAUGCUGAAGGACGUGCUGACACGUGAACUGGGCUGUGCGAGGCGGGAGGUGGUGCAUGUGGCCAUCAUGCCGUGUUUCGACAAGAAGCUAGAGGCCUCACGACAGGAAUUUCAAGAGGAAGAGGUGCGUGAUGUGGAUACCGUUGUGACGUCUGCUGAAGUCGUCGAGAUGAUUCGAGAGUCUGGGUGUCUCUUUCGUGAGUUGCAGGAGGAUGGGUCGUCGUUCGGGCCGGAGAGUGGAAGGCAGCCCGGUAGCUCAUCUGGUGGAUAUCUUGCGCAUAUCAUGAAGGAGGCGGCAUGGGCUUUACAUGGUAUACGACUUGGUUCGGUCGAGGAUGAUCCCCGGAUACGCAUCACGAAGCAGCGAUCACCGAAGCUUAAGGAAUAUGAAUUGCUUGACUCUGACGGGCAGACAUUGCUGCGAUUUGCAGAAGCGUAUGGGUUUCGACAAAUCACCUCACUCACACAAAAGAUGGCACCCAAAGCAACAAACUCUCGACGACAAGUGAAGCGCGUGGAUUACGAUUACGUUGAAGUUAUGGCGUGCGAGUCUGGUUGCAUCAAUGGUGGUGGGCAAGUGAAGCCACCGGUAGAC